GUACGUAAUGACGUAGUGUUGUAGGCAUAGCUGUGAUGGCAGCCGUGGGCUGACAUCGAUACAUUACUGAAUAUAAACUAUUUAAAAGUUAGCGAUAAAACCCCGACACAGUAGCGUAGAACAAAUAAAGUGUUUCUGAUAGUACACAAUUAAAACACACACCCGGCCGGUUCGGGGAACGUCUUUUGCAGGAAAGCACAUUGGGUCUAUAAACCACCUCUCAUGUGAAGGCUUCUGUCUUUCUGGCAUUUUUCUCCUUGCAUGGUAAAGUGGCACUAUGCCCGCAGCUACUGUGGAUCACAGCCAAAGAAUAUGUGAGGUUUGGGCCAACAACCUGGAGGAGGAGUUGAAGAGGAUUCGAAAUGUCAUCCGAAAAUACAACCAUAUUGCUAUGGAUACAGAGUUUCCAGGUGUUGUAGCCAGACCCAUCGGAGAGUUCAGAAGCAAUGCAGACUAUCAGUACCAGCUACUGCGCUGUAAUGUGGAUCUGCUCAAGAUUAUCCAGCUGGGCCUCACGUUUAUGAACGAACAAGGGGAAUAUCCUCCUGGGACAUCAACAUGGCAGUUCAAUUUUAAGUUUAACCUCACAGAAGAUAUGUAUGCACAGGACUCCAUUGAGCUCCUGACCACCUCAGGGAUCCAGUUCAAGAAGCAUGAGGACGAAGGCAUCGAGACGCUGUACUUUGCCGAGCUGCUAAUGACAUCAGGAGUGGUGCUCUGUGAUGGGGUCAAGUGGCUGUCUUUUCACAGUGGCUAUGACUUUGGAUACCUGAUCAAAAUUCUGUCCAAUGCUAACUUGCCCGAGGAGGAGGUGGACUUCUUUGAGAUUCUCCGCUUGUACUUUCCAGUUAUUUAUGAUGUCAAGUACCUCAUGAAGAGUUGUAAAAACCUGAAGGGCGGGCUGCAGGAAGUAGCUGAGCAGCUGGAGCUGGAGAGGAUCGGACCACAGCAUCAGGCCGGCUCUGACUCUUUACUCACAGGCAUGGCUUUCUUCAAGAUGAGAGAGAUGUUCUUUGAGGAUCAUAUCGACGAUGCAAAGUACUGUGGGCACUUGUACGGGCUCAGCUCUGGCUCUGCCUACGUCCAGAACGGAACAGGGAACGCUUACGAAGAGGAGGCUAACAAGCAGCAGUCGUGACAUCACUCUCAAACUUCCCAUCCUGCUGUUCACACACACACACUCAGUGUGGCACUGGAGCAGGCUUUUACCAACUGGAUGAUAAUAAUGUAGGAAAAGAAAGACAUACACACAUCAUUUAGCAAGCUGCUUCUCAUAGCCUUUGCUCACCUUAGAUCACUGAAAAUGAUCAAAAAAUGACCCAGCUGGCCUCACACACGCCCCCUGCUAGCUGUGUGUGUGUGUGUGUGUGUGUGUGUGUGUGUGUGUGUGUGUGUGUGUGUGUGUGUGUGUGUGUGUGUGUGUGUGUGUGUGUGUGUGUGUGUGUGUGUGUGUGUGUGUGUGUGUGUGUGUGUGUGUGUGUGUGUGUGUGUGUGUGUGUGUGUGUGUGUGUGUGUGUGUGUGUGUGUGUGUGUGUGUGUGUGUGUGUGUGUGUGUGUGUGUGUGUGUGUGUGUGUGUGUGUCAGAGUUUAGUCUUUUAAUCCUAUGAAGCAGUUUAGACAGUCUGGUUGGGUCAGUUCAAUUUAACAUGCUUGAAAAGAUGGGAUUUUAGUUUUCCUAAGAUGUUCUGUAGACAUGUUUUGCACUUUAAAGCUCUAACCUGAUUUUAUAUGGAAAGCUGAAAAUGUUUCUGGUGUUUCUCUCCUCUUUGUUGCCUUCUCUAUGUUCCUUGUUUUACAUCGUGAACAUGUCAAAGUUUAACAUCACCACACUCAGCCUUAAUAUAAGCUGCAUUCUUAGCUUUUAAACUUUUAAUUUAUUGUGCUGCUUAUCUGACAUGGAAAAGAUGACCUGAUAAACACUAAGACUCCACAUGGUGGUACUCUCGCCCCGUUCACUUUUUGUAUGAGGAUGAGAAAGGGAGCUCUCAGUGAGCGUGUUUACCUGCACAUGAACAUCUCAUUGAAGUUUAUUUUGCCUUUUGUACAUAUGAAGUGAAUGUCAAAUACACUCUUAGCCCACUUGGAGAAGCCUUUAAUUUACUUUAGUUUGCAUCUGGUACAGAGAUCCUACAGGGGAAACCUGAAAACCAUUUCUUCUUGAUCUGUGUAGGUUCUCAGUCUUCCAGGUCAUGGUGAAGUGGAAGCUUGAUCCAAAGACAACUGGACUUGAUUGAAGAUCUUGAAUACGUUUCGUAAAGCCUUUCAGAGGAGCGCUGAAACGUCUUCAGGAUCGUCACCUAAGUCCAGUUGUCUUUGGCUCAAGCUUCAUUUUUCUUCAUGAUCUAUCAGCUGCUGAUUUUCACUUUCUAGUCCUGAAAAUGUUCAGAGAAGUCUUAUGCAAAGAGUUAUAUCCAGUAUGUACUAAAGCAUACAGAGUUUUCAUUUGAGGAAUGUGGAUACUUUGUGCAUAUAAACACCCUCAUUGACACAAGCACACACUUAAGACGUCUGCAACGCCUCUACAUGGUCUUGUUCCGGUUUAAACUGAAUUCAGCCGAGCUUGAAAAAAGAAAUUAAAAAAAGCGUUUCAAAUACUUGCCUGCUUUAGGAGAAGUUGCCCUGAACUACUCUGUUGAGAGUAUAUUUUCAUUUUUUUUAAUUGAAGCGAAGGUUUUGUAGAGUUUUAGUGUUGUAAUAAAAGAAGAAAAACACUUUUUCUCAUGAGAAGGAAAAAAAACAAACAUGUUGCUUUUGAAACAUGCGACUUUCUGUUCCAGUCGAGUUCAUUUCACCUGACGUUCUGACCAUUGAAUGGCAUUUGUUUUUGUAUUGUUUUCCUUUUCACCCAUGCUGCGUUGAACAGCCGCAUGUACUAAGAAGUUUGAAUAAAUGCUGAGGUGUGAUGGCACUCUGAACGCUCACAGGUGUGUUGAAGUGUAGGUUCAUGACUCAUUAAGCUUGCACUGCGUCAAACUGACCACUUCCUUUCUGCAGCACAUCUUCCACAAGUUAAAGAAUUAUGCAAUAUUCAAGAGCAUUGUUUUUAGAUUAUAAUGUAAAUAAAGGCUUGACAAUUUUCUACCAUAA